AUGUCGCUAUGGAAGCUUACCUGCCUAGCGCUCGCAUGGGCGAGUUAUAUGGUCGUCGCUACACCUCCCGCUCAGCCUACCGAUUACGCUCCAUCUCCUACGGGGGGUGUUGCUCGGUCAAUCUUCCGAAGGUUGCAGAGAUACGAUGUUGGGCGCUUGGCCGUGAACGUGCUCGUAACGGGAGUGCUGCUUGCUGAGAUUGCAUUCGCGAGUGGCUUCAUCGAUACCGGAAGCCGCCCUGCCGAAGCACUAUCCAACUCCGGACAUAUCUCUCCGCUCCUCAUCUUGGGCGUCCUCUCCGCCACUUUCGGCGCUACCUUACGGCUAUGGUCAUAUCACGCGAUGGGCCAUCACUUCAUCUUCGACCUCACUCUCCUGAAGGACCACGAGCUGGUUACGCAUGGACCAUACGCAUACGUACGACAUCCCGGCUACACCGCACUCGUUCUCAACAUCGCUGGGCUAUAUGCAUGCGAGUUGUCUGAGGGAUCGUGGUGGACGGAGGCGUGCGUGUGGGAUGGGCGCUUGGGCAAAUGUGUUGGUAUCAUGGCUAUUGCUGCUACGAUGCAGCUGGCGACGUUGAUCUUGCGCGUGCCUGCGGAGGAUAGGAUGUUGCAUGAGAAGUUUGGGAGAAGAUGGGAGGAAUGGAGGAGCAAAGUGCCGUACAUGUUCAUCCCGCGCGUUCUGUAA